AUGAGUGCUGAAGGUUUCAGUGUUCGUGCGCUGAAUCGGGUGUUGAAGGAGGAAAUAAUCAACAAGCCUCUGCUAACGCUGAAGCUGGCCAUUCCCUCAGGUAUCUACACCCUGCAGAACAACCUGCUCUAUGUGGCUCUGUCAAAUCUAGAUGCAGCUACCUACCAGGUUACGUAUCAGCUGAAAAUUCUCACUACAGCCCUGUUCUCCGUGUCCAUGUUGGGCAAAAUACUCGGCAUUUACCAGUGGCUCUCACUAGUCAUUCUGAUGACUGGAAUUGCACUUGUCCAGUGGCCAGCUGAAGUUACAUCAAGCACCAAGCAGGAGGAUCUGACUGCCAGCUCUCAGUUGAUGGGUCUGCUGGCUGUGCUUGUGGCCUGCUUCUCCAGCGGAUUUGCUGGCGUGUAUUUUGAAAAGAUCCUCAAAGAGAGCAAGCAGAGUGUCUGGAUCCGUAAUAUUCAGCUAGGUUUAUUUGGACUGAUUUUUGGACUUGGGGGAGUGUUUGCGUACGACGGAGAAAGAGUGCAGGAGAAUGGACUCUUUCAAGGGUACAAUCAUGUGACGUGGACUGUGGUGGCUCUUCAGGCUUUGGGUGGGUUAGUCAUUGCAGCUGUCAUCAAAUAUGCAGAUAACAUCCUGAAGGGCUUUGCCACAUCCAUCUCAAUCAUUCUGUCCACCCUCAUCUCUUAUUUCUUGUUGGAAGAUUUUGACCCUACUAGUGUGUUUAUCCUGGGUGCGAUGCUGGUUAUCGCUGCUACGUUUCUCUACGGGUAUGAGAGCACACCUGCGGUCAACCCUAGUAAAGUAUAGAAGACUGGACAUGAGAUGAUAAACAAUCAUCAGGAGAUGCUCUACUUCAGGUGAAGUUCAGGACAAGAGAACCGGUGUAUUGUAAGGACGCUAUUAGAAGGUAGCACAAAAAAAAAUAAUAUUAUAUGACAUCAACACACCAGGAAUCAAACUCCUGCUUCUGACGUAUUAGGUGGCAGGACUGUU